AAUACAAGAAACCACUAAUGACCUGCAACAGACAAUGAUGCUAAAAUACUGAACUCCAGCUGUUUGCAAUGUGAAGAGAAGCAGUCAGCGCUGGAGCGGUGCGUCCUACUCCAAACAGCAAUGUAAGAGGGCGGAGGAAAGGCUGGCUCUCAUGCAGAGGGAGGGACUGUCCAGAGAGCAUGGAGCUUCAUUUACUCUGCUAAACACACACAUACACACACACAUAUGCUCUGCAAAGCUGUUCCCAGGCUGGGAGAAAAAGAGGAGCAGAGGAGAGGAGAGGACAGCAAGCUCGUUGACCUAUUUUUAUGGUUUUCCCUCUGUGCCCUAUUUCUCUCAUCCUGCUGAUCUCAUUGUUAUCCCAGGUGGUGACAGUCGGGGUUAAAAACAAGAAAUACUAAGAGAGACCAAAGAGGGACACAUUCAUCAAAUCCUGGAGAGCAGGGAGGUUUCAGAUCCUGUGACUUAUUCCAACGGAAAGCACACUGAUCCGGGUGGAGGUACUGAGCCUUAGCUUCCAGGACCCAUCUCAGGAUGUCCCGGAGGAGGUCUACAGGUGACCUGGUACCCAGGGACAUCACUGAGAUCUUAGCCAAGGAGGCGAGGGCUCACCGCGGGCAGAGGAAUCCAGGAAGCUCCCUGGGACAGGCAUUUAACUGGUUAAGGAGGAGUCGUAGGAAGAAGAGCAUUGUCAACGGAGUGAACCGUACUCUUGGUGGUGUGGCAGAUGCCAAGCUGGGACUCCAGAACCAUGAUGCUGCGAAAGCUGGCCCAAAGGGGAAUGAAGACCAUAAGAGGUUGGCAGUCCACUACACGGCCUCACAGCACUACCAGGAGAAUGUUUUCAUUGAGGGAAGCAGGCCUCAGUACCUGGAAGAUCUGCACACUGAAGCUCAGGAGGGACUCAAGAUACAACAGCAGGAAGAGCACAAGAACGGAGUCAACCUUCCUGAUGAUGAAACUAUUGAUUCCACAGACACUCUCCAUCCGGAGCAGGAUAUCAGCUCCAAGGACAGAGGCAGCUCUCCGAAGUCGAGGUCCACCAUCGGGAAUACUGAUACCACACUCUUGGUCGGUGACCGUCCUGUACUUACCCGCCAAGGUUCUACAUUCAAGCCUCUGAAUCCAGUGAAAAGAUUAGAUCGGAGCAGGAAGAGGGGCAGGAGAACCACCAUCAUGGGUAUUCCCAACCAGGUCCAGAAAGAGCUCGCUCUGCACAGAAGUUCCACGUGUCAGCCGCUUGUUUCUGCUCAGCUAAAUGACCACAAAGAGCAUGGCGGUGACAGCCAAUCAGGUGUUGUUAUUAUCCCAACAGUAGAUGGAGGGACUCCAGUAGCCAAUAGGGAGGGAGCAAGGGUGCAUCUUUCAGAACUGGAGCAGGUGUUUAGAGAUGAAAAGCUGGUGAGGAAACACCUCCAGCUCCAGUCGGCAUACUAUGAAGAGCAGUCCAUCAGCUCCCAUCUUUGCCCCACAUCCAACUUGAGACCCAAAUCUCUUGCAGUCCCUGGUAUGACCACUUCCUUUUCAAUCUCUCCCUCAGUGUUUAACUUCCUGCAGGAGCCUCAGGGUCCUGUGAUGUCAAUCUCUCCUCAGGCCUCUUACCUGUCUACGAUUAUACCAAAUGCUGUCCUUCCAGCCUCGGUUGAAGUAAUCGAGAUCGACCGCAGCGCCAGCCGGACUCGUGGCAGCAGCAUUAGUCACAGCAGCACUGUUCGCACUGUAAGCAAAAGCAGCCUGACAUCUGGGGACUCAUCAAUCAGCCCUUUGUUGUCCAGAAGAUCAGAUGGCGACGGCUCCCAGACUAAAAGCGACCCCUCACUGGUGCCCUCGUCAGCCACAGGUUCAAACUGGAGCGAGUCUCAGUCCUCAAAGACAAUUAUUUCAAAUUCCUCACCUGCAUCAGCCAAGAGAGAAGAUCAUAAUGUGCAGGAUUGCCAGGCAGAGCAGCCUGGUGAGGAGCUAGACCAUAGCAGUCUCCACAGCUCAGCCAGUGUGAUCAGCAGUAAAGGGGAGAAUCCUCCAGAAGCAAAGUUCGAGUGCAGUGCAACAGAAUCGACAGCUGCUGACGAACAAGCAAAAAUCAAACACAACUGCACCCGAAAUCUUUCCAUUGUGAAGACCAAGCAGCCUCCUCCACCUCCACGAAGAACAAACUCUCUACAUGGUAAUAAAAUUAGAGGUGACUUCAGGGUUGUGGUUGAUAUUAAAGAUAAUUGUGACUCUGCUUCGGAGGAAGGGAAAACUUCCACAGAAAACAUUGUAGCAGAGGAUGGGACAAAGCUGGUUGCUACAAAUACAAGUUUGAUCCUAACACCUGCAUCAAACUCCAGCUCCUCAGGCUCACCGGCCUCUUCUAACCCGGCUGAUGGGGCAACAGAGCCACCACCAGAAUCCCAAACCUCCUCCCCACAGAAAACUCUCCCUGAAGGGGGGAAAUUUGAAAGGACAAUGUCCCCUUCCAGUGGCUACUCAAGUCAGAGUGGCACUCCAACGCUUUCCCCAAAAGAGAUCUCCCCGACCUCCCCAGACAAACCGAAGAAGAAACCAGUCAAACCAGAAAGAUCAGUUUCUAGGGCCUCAUCCUCAGCAGCCUCUCCUUCUUCCUCACUCACCUCUUUAUCAUCAGGUACAUCUGAGCUCGCCAAUCCAGACGCUUCCACAAGCAACCCAACUCUGUCUCCGCAGGGUUCUUCAGCAGCUACAAAAGAACUCAUGCUGAACAGCAAUCCUUCAAGUAUUAGCACGGAAGUCAGGGAGUUCUUGAACAUCCCACCACCUCCUAAAAUCAAAGCUCCAUGCCCUCCACCUCCAGAGACAUGGGCUCACAACAAGCGAACAGUUGAGCUUCUUUGUGGACCAUGUCCUAAUAUUUGCAAAGUCACCCAGAAACCAGCACAGAUUCAGAAUAUUACUGAUAAUCAGACAGAAACCCAAACAGAGAAGCAAAUUAUAGCUGAAAACCUGACAGAUACUGAGAUAUCGGUCUCAGAAAUAUCAGAAAGUGAAGCAAAGUCCGAAGCAUUAUCAGCUCAAGGUGGUGACCCAGAGCAGGAGGUUAGGCAAGAAGCCCAAGGCAAGGACAAGGCUAACGUAGAUGCUGAGAGAGAACAGAGUGGUACAUUUGUGGAAAGCCAAGAAAAUCAAAAGAAAUAUCCACCACCGGUCAUGAAGAAACCCACAACAUUGCUUCACAGAAGGGAAACAGAGCAGCCGAUCGAGACACAACAAAGGAAAAUAAGCAUCAGCACCCCAACAGAGCUUCAUCUACCUGCUGAGGACAGUCCAUCACAGAACGCUCUAAUAAUUGUCAUCGAUAAGGCCGAGAAUGAGAUGGAAAGAGAUGAAGUCCCAUCCAUACAGACGCUUUCUAUAGAUGUCCCCAAGAUUAGUAAGAUCUCCCCGCCUCCUACCCCUCCACCAGCUUACCAACCUACCCCUCCUCUGUUGAGGAAAACAUCUUCCUCCCCAGUAUCUACACCACCAAAUGAAUUCCAAAGGGUUCAGGAGGAGUUCCAUGUUGUGGAGACUUGCUGGCCACCUCCUCCGCCUCCUUUGGUAGGGGAGUCUGUCUUUGAUGGAAGUGAUGAGGUGGAUUUUCCUCCACCUCCUCCAGUCUUUAUAACAGACAGUAUGACGGAUGAAAUGGACAGCUGUGUCACAGAUCUGAAGCUGACGGAGGGGCAGACUGAACAAAAUCAAGAUUUAACCGCAGCUAUUCCGCAAUCCGCUGUGUCCCACAUCAAACCAGUGGUUGAUGUUCUUGAUCUGAAAGCUGAUACUGCUGAUGAGGCUUCCUGCCAAUUUGUGCAGACGAUUUCAUCCGUUCCAGAAAGACUCUCACCUCUUCUGGUGGAAACAUCUUCUGUAUCUCCUGUUACGCGGGCAGAGAGCCCAGUUUCAGUCGCAGCUGUGGCUCCUCCCAGCAGUUUACUGAAGCGAAACUCUCUGAAAAUUGAGGAUCAGUGUCUCUGUGCUCCUCCGGCUCCAACUGUACCAGCAGCAACCCCUCCACCAACAGAGAAUUUAACCCAUGGGGUUAAUUUCAGAAGGCAACCCAGUGUUGUGUACAGAGACGCCAGAAGCAAGGAGCUCCUCUCCCGCCACAAAAGCACACCGAUUCCUAAAGAGGACGCCAACAUACCCCUUGUAACCCCCUCUCUGCUUCAGAUGGUUCGCCUCAGGUCAGUCAGCAUGACUGAAGAUCAAAUGAAAGCUUCAUUUGAGGACAAAUCCACAAAUGAGGGAUCUCCAGUUCCGGAGACUUAUUCCACCUCAACCCAAGGACCUCAAAGCGUUCCUCAAAAGCCCAUUCGCAAGUCUUUAUCACUGAAAUCUUCUCCUCAGAUUGUAAAAACAUCCUCUUUGACAAUGAGCUCUCCGUCAAUGCGUCUACAGGAAGCCAUACGUAUGAAAACUGCAGCUAUGUCUUCAAGAGACGCUCUUCCUUCCAGAAUAGGUGUUCGAUCACCAACCUACAGCUGCAUCGGAGAGCCUCAGUCUCUAAAGUUGGUCGAAGGAUGCGAUGUGCACAAGUCUCCAGCCUCUACCGCCAGUUUUAUCUUCUCCAGGAGCACAAAGAAGGUGGUCAUAGAGACCGCCUCCUACCCAGAGGCCCAGGCAAGCCUGAAGCAAAGCCUGGCGGCCGAGCUCAUGCAGGUAUCUGACCAGGCAAACGCUGCCCGUGCUGCUUGCUCAAAUGGCGGGAUGAAGUUUGACAAAGUUCCUCCACCGGUAGCGAAGAAGCCAGCCUCCGGCAGCAUGAGCCCCUCACAUAAUUCUUACAGCUGCUCAGCAAAGAUACAGCUUGGCUUGGAAGGAAACGGAGCUCAACAUGCGAGCAGAGUGGCGCUGCCUGAGACAACUACGAGAAUCACGGCAGACACAAUUGAAACACUGUUUUGAAGGAGAGAUCAGACACUUGCAAGAUCAAAACUACAAGCAAGUAAAAGGACAACUCAGAAACUUUUGUGUCAUCUUCUCCAAAAGCCUUAGCCUAUAAUGGCCUUCCUCCAUAUUUAUGCAAAAAAGAAAAAUUUGUUCCUCUUUAUGUCUUAAGAGAGCUUUACGGAGUAUUUUUCUAAGCUAUAGUUUAUUUCCUGUUAAGAUCCCCCUCAGGAUGGAGUAUGUACAUCAGCCGGACUGCGUAGAGUAUUUGGCUUGUGUGAGAUCGCCUCCCAGAGGUUGAAUUAGGUAGCAUAAACUGAAACUGGUGAACCAUUUCUCUUCACAAUUGUCAAAGUUCCCCUACAUGUUGUAAUAUAACAUAAUCAUUUUCCUGGGGAUGUCAUCACUUCCUAUCCCUUCCUUGCUUGGACAUCUGUGUGAAGACAUUUCCAAGUUUAAUGUCAGUCCUGCUUUUCACUGUGUGUAAAAGUAUUUAGAAAAAGGGACGCUGCAACGACCUGCUUUGGCAGAUAGGACAGAGGCACUUUUUUUUAUAAAGCAGUAAAUAAAUUCUUAAUGCUUGACAGAAAAAAAAAGCUUUCAGUUAUAGCAACUGCUAAAAUACCAGUUGGAUUCUUCCCUCACACACAAGUAUCCUAUUUAUUUAUGUGGUGGUUUCCACUAGUAGCACUGUAAGUCACCUUUUCCUACAAAAUCUAAAAAAAAAAUCUAAGGCUGUUUCAGCUGAAAAACACCUUUUUAGGGCUGCUAGUCUUACAGCUGGUCCUGGACAAUUGAUACACUGGAACAAACAUGGUGUGAGGUCAAUGUUUUUAAUGCAAUGUUCUGUAUCUGAAGCCCUUUACAACAGAAAAUCCAGCUGGUUGCAGACCAUUCCCCCAGCAGAAUCACAGUGGACUGAAUUUAUGCUUUGUAAUGAGUCAGAAAUCUACUUUUUGGUGAACAUAAAGAAUUAUGUACAGUUAAUACUUCUAUAAAUAAAAUUUAAGUGUAUUGAA